UAACAGUUCAUGCUAAGCCAUCGCGGUGUAAACACAUGCCGUAUUUUGGUCACCGCGUAACUUCUCUCUUGCAUCAUACUAAGUUUCACUACAACAUGCGGCAACAUGUUACUCGUGGUGAUUUAUUACUCAGUGGUGAUCGCGAUUAGCUUAUACAUCACGUUAUUCCUGUUGAUGUUAAUAGGGGUCUUCCUCUACAUGUUAUUGUGCGAAUCUGAGAAAGCAGUGUGUAAGUCCAACGCAAGACUCGAUGGGAAGAUCGCCCUAGUGACCGGGGGGAACCAGGGCAUCGGUCUGGAGACUGCGAGGGAGCUCGCAGCCCGGGGAGCCAGAGUAAUCAUCGCGUGCCGCGGCGCAGAGAAGGCGGCAGAAGCGAUACAGGACAUCGUGGCCACGACAGGGAACAAGCAAGUGGAGUAUAUGCCCCUAGAUCUAUCGAGAUUCAGCAGCAUCAGACAGUUUGCUGCAGACUUCAAUAACACAUAUGACCGGCUCGACAUCUUGGUAAACAAUGCCGGAUGCAGUGGAGUUAAACCAAGAUAUACUGAGGACGGAAUCAACUUAGUGAUGCAAGUCAAUUACUUUGGACCAUUCCUGCUCACAAAACUGCUGACAGGAAAGCUCAUUGCGAGUAAACCAAGCAGGAUUAUCAUAGUGUCGUCGAUCCUGCAUUUUGUCGGGAAAAUAAAUGUUGAUACACUGGACAAACUAUUCGGCCGAGCCUACGCAGGUCUGUUCUACGAUUACAACAACAGCAAACUGUGUGGCGUGCUGUGGACCAAGGCGUUAGCUAAGAAACUGCCGGAAGGAAUAUCAGUGAACUGUGUACAUCCCGGCUUGGUCAGGACGAAUUUAUUUAGAAGAUUGCCAAUGUUGUACCUUGCAGUUUUCUAUACCGUUUGUUGGUUACUGAAGUGUAAGACGCCUAAAGAAGGAGCGCAGACAGUUCUACAUCUGUGUCUUUCUGAGGAGGUGCAGCAUGUGAGAGGGAAGUAUUUCAUGGAGUGCCGCGAGGCAAAACACACGAGAUUGGCUGAUGAUGAAGACUUUGUGGAAAGAGUUUGGAACAAGAGUGUAGAAGUGAUUAGUUAGAUUAAAACAAAAUUAGUUACAUUGUAUAGCGGCAUUACGUGCCGUAAUGUGCACCUCUGCCUAUCCCUUCGCGGAUAAAGGCGUGACGUUGUGUGUGUGUGUAGUUUUUUUAUGGAACACGCCGGUAAACGUAAGACGUAUCACCUGAUGGUAAGCCGCCGCCCAUGGACACUUGAAACACCAGAGGCGUUACAAGUGCGUUGCCGGUAUUUUGGGGUUAGGAAUUUAAGGGGUGUUGGGAAAUCGGGGAUUGGGAAGACUGGGAAGAGGGAAUUGGGCCUCCGGUAAUCUCACUCACACAACGAAACACAACGCAAGCGUUAGCUCCCACCCUUAGUAAAGUAUAGUAAGGCAUAUUGUCACAUAUUUUCAAUACAAAUAAGAGUUCUUUGGAACGUUUAUGCAGCAAAAUAUGUCGGGCAAGUAGAUAAAUUACCACUUUGGGGAGUUGCAAGUUUAAAUGGUGAAAAGGUAAGACCAGUAAUGAUGGCAAUGUAACUAUGUAUUUAUGCCAUAUUUAUCAAACGUGCAUUAAAUAAAUAGUUUUUAUUUUGUAUAAUUGUAUGUUUCUUUUUUUCUGCGUUGUUUUUCCUUAUUAAAUUUAGGUAAUAAACAAUAUAUACAUUGUCUAAUAAAUAUUCAAAUUCUA